GAACACUUGGUUGGCAUCCACCCCAGGUCUUAUCAGAGUCAGAGGACCUUGAAACAGGACACGUCCAAAAUUCAACCGCCUGGAGAAGCCCAGCCGCAAGAGUUCCUCAAUGCUGUUUCUUCUACAGAAAGGAGAAGAAGAGCAGACCUCCCAAGCUUCUCGGACCCCCACAUCCCUCUAGUGGCUCGUGAGAUAAUGCAGCGAAUGAUCCGUCAGUUCGCUGCCGAAUAUACCUCAAAAAACAGCUAUUCUCAGGACACCCCCCACCACCCCCAGCCCAACGGCAUCAAGGACCAAAGCCGCCUCCUGCCGAGAGCGGCCUCUCCAGCCCCGGCCCCCCUCGCCCUGCCGGGGGCGUCCAGCCCCCCGUCCCCCACCCCGGGACCGGGCCUCAGCCCCGCCUCUGCCUUCGCCCCGGACAGUGGGAACGGAGCCGGUAGUAACUGUAGUGGUACCGGUGCUGCUGCCUCUGCACAGAACCCCGUCCUCAGCAAGCUUCUCAUGGCCGACCAGGACUCUCCGCUGGACCUCACCGUCAAGAGGCCUGACCCCACAGAGACCAAAACAGAGGAUGGAGUCCUGGACCUCUCCACCAAGAAGGCCCACGGCACCGUCCUCAAAAACUCUCACAGUUACACCCUAUCGCCCACAGUCAAGGG